UUUUUUAUUAACUUCAGUUGUUUGUCAAAUCUUUAUUACAUUUGUUAAACAUUUAUAACACUUGUCUGCCAGAGAUAUCCCGUUAUAUCAUGACUGAUAAGAUCUUCUCGUUAUCUCAAACACCAUUUGUGCGGAUCAUUGAACAGCCGGCCAGAGGUGGCACGAGAUUCAGGUACGAGUGCGAGGGUAGGAGUGCUGGAUCUAUACCUGGAGUCAAUUCAACGCCCGAUAUCACUACAUACCCCGCUAUACAGGUAGUGAACUACUCGGGCAGUGCUCUGGCGAUCGUGUCGUGUGUGACCAAAGACUUCCCGUAUAGACAGCAUCCGCACAAUUUGGUGGGCGAGCGAUGCACUAAUGGUAUCUCGAAAAUGAUUGUCGACAACAAAGACAUGAUCGCAACCUUCCCAUCGAUGGGCAUACAGUGCGCCAAACGUAACGAUAUUCGCGUUCGUCUGAAGCGACGACAGGCCCUCCAAAUCGAUCCCUUCGACUGCGGCUUCGAUCACAUGAAUUGUUCCUCAUUUGAGAUCAACUUAAGUGCCGUUCGUCUGUGUUUUCAAGUAUUACUCGAAGACCCAAAGACGGGUCAGUACUCAAUACCACUGCAACCGGUCGUCUCGGAUGUCAUAUUUGAUAAGAAGUCUUGCAAUGAACUCAAUGUUAUCGACAUCUCUUCGCACACAAUAUCGACCAAUGGAUCCAAACUAAUGCUCUUCACGUCGUUUGUCUUGAGAGACGACAUCGAAGUGCGCUUUUAUGAACUGGACGACCAAAAUGGUGUCAAAUGGCAAGACUUUGGUGUCAUUGCCUUCAUAUACAGACACAUCGGCAUCUCAUUACUGACCCCCAAAUACGCGGAACCCAUAAAUCAGGAUAAGAUAAUUUACCUGCAGUUAAGACGACCGUCAGACCAGGAGCUGUCGGCGCCCAUCAAACUGCAGAUGUUAUCGCAAGCUUUAAAUCAGGACAUGGAUGUCGUCAGUCAGUCAGCACCACAUCUCAUUACUAAGAUCUCCAGACCUUCGUUGGGCUCGAGUUCAUUGUCAUCGUCGAGGAAAAAGUUGUGCGCCAGUAGUGACUCGUGGAAAGAGAUUGUACUGAAAAAACCCGACUUUCCGUUCCCUAUCCUGAAGGCUGCCAUCAAAAGAGAAAUUUUUAUUAAUCCAAAUUUGGUCAUCGAUUUGACCACUAGUUUUGAUUCGUCCAAACAUUGCAACAAACAUUUAGAUGAUUGCCAUUCAAGUGAUAAUUCGCAGGUUGGGGCCAAACAUCAGACUCAAUCAGAUAUGAAUGACUUCUGCUGUCAAGUGAAUACUAUGGAUGACACCGACAUCGAUGUCGAGGCUAAUGAUGACUCCAAUGACUCCAUAAGACAAUGA